AUGGGCGUAAUACGGAAGAAGACCGCCUCGCGCGGCACAGAAGCUGGGACCAAGUACCAUUGCGAUAUCUGUUCGGUGGACGUGACUGCAACGGUUCGUGUAUCGUGCGCCCACCCCGCCUGCCAUGAGUACGAUCUCUGCGUUCCUUGUUUUGCCGCCGGAGAGAAAUCCAAGAACCACGACCCAUCCUCACAUCCGUUCCAGGUGAUUGAACAGAAUUCGGUUCCGAUCUUCCAGGAAGAUUGGGGAGCGGAUGAGGAACUUUUGCUGUUGGAAGGCGCGGAUAUUUAUGGGUUGGGGUCAUGGGCCGAUAUCGCAGAUCAUAUCGGUGGUUACCGAACUAAGGAGGAAGUACGAGAUCACUAUACCAGCACAUAUAUAGACAGCCCGAAUUUCCCAUUACCCGAACGCGCCGAUCCGGACGAUACGCGACUGUCCGACUCGAUCUCCAAGGAAGAGUUCCAGUCCGGCAAGAAGCAUCGCAUUGAGGAGCGCAAGGAGGCGGCUAAGGCGGCCCCUCCGACGACACCAAAACAAAAGCCGACUGCCAGUGUUCCGGCUUGUCACGAAGUACAAGGCUAUAUGCCUGGUCGUCUUGAAUUUGAGACGGAAUUCAUGAACGAUGCGGAAGAGGCUGUCCAACAUAUGACGUUCGAACCGGGCGCAGGUGAAACGGCCAACGGUGAAACUGACGCCGAAAUGGAGCUGAAGAUGACGGUAGUCGACAUCUACAACUCGCGUCUGACCGCCCGAACGGAGCGCAAGAAAGUUCUGUUCGAGCACAAUCUACUUGAAUACCGCAAGAACACAGCAUUGGAGAAGAAGCGCACUAAGGAGGAAAGGGAUCUACUAAACAAAGCGAAACCGUUUGCUCGAAUGAUGAACCAUGAUGACUUUGAGGAGUUCAACAAAGGCUUAGAGUACGAGCACAAUCUACGGUUAGCCAUCACGCAACUACAGGAAUGGCGACAAAUGGGGAUUGGAGACCUUAUCGGUGGAGAAAAAUACGAGCAAGAGAAACAGCAACGCGCCCAGAGACUCGUGCCACAAGGGUCCUUUGAUCGGUUCGCCAGCACACGACCGAAGCAGUCACAGCAGCCCGAGGGUCCCACUGCGGCCAGUCAGCUGACCACACCAGAGCUCCCAUUGCGGUUACAAAAGGCAUCCGGCGCAAAUAAGGCACUGGAGCCGGUUAACCAACCGAUGAACGACUUUGACCGAGCAUUUGCCAGCAACGGAGACGGUCCCACGACGCCGCAGCCAGCCAAGACGAAGUUCGUAGUCCAACCGCUCAACGGGGUCAUUCCAUGGAAACUAGAGAACGACGGCGCACCGGACCUUCAUCUCUUAACCAAGGAGGAGGUGGAAGUAUGCAACGUACUGCACGUCCAGCCCAAGCCUUAUCUAGUAAUCAAGGAGACCCUCCUCAAGGAGGCAAUGAAGCAGGGAGGAAGCUUGAAAAAGAAGGACGCGCGAACAAUCUGCAAGAUCGACGCGACUAAAACGGGCCGAAUUUACGAUUUUAUGGUGCACAGCGGCUGGAUCAACAAGGCAUAG